CACUGGGCCUCCGCGGUGUGAAGUUUCACACCCGGAUGGAGGUUGUGCUGGGCCUCCGCAGCUGAAGAGAGCGCCCCAGAGAUCAUGGCCCAUCUGGAAGAAGCCGCCCACCGGCUGUCCCAAAGUGGCACGACCCACUAUGCAGUCCUGGAGCUUAAGAAGGGCGCCUCACCUGAAGACAUCAAAAAGGCCUACAGCCAUUCCCCAGCCAUUCUCUCCUGCCCUCCUUUUGGGUAUUGCCUGAGUAGGAAACUGGCCUUGAAGUAUCAUCCAGACAAGAAUCCAGGGGACGCUCAAGCAACAGAAAUAUUCAAAGAAAUCAACACAGCCCACUCCAUACUGAGUGACCCCAAGAAGCGGAAAAUCUACGACCGGCAUGGCUCCCUGGGAAUCUAUGUGUAUGAGCAGUUUGGCGAAGAAGGCGUCACUUACUAUUUCACACUGAAUAGUUGUUGGUUCAAGACACUAGUUCUCCUGUGUGCUCUGUUCACCUGUUGCUGCUGCUGCUGCUGUUGCUGCUUUUGCUGUGGAACACUUAAGCCACCGUCUGAGGACAUUGCUAGAAGAUAUCACCAGAAUGCCCAGAAUCAGUCUCCCACGUCAGGAAACAAAAGGAAUUUUAGAAGAGAGGAAGAUUAUAAUGAAUACUACGUCUAAAAGAGGAAAAGUUAAAUGAGGUGCCUUCUACCACCCGGUCCACUUGAUACGCUGAGGAGAAGGAGAGGAGCAAGUAGCCCUGCCCUGACAUUGACCCUGAUUUGCCCCUCUUCUUGGACGUGAAACAUGUGAUAGGGAGAAGAUUAUACUUUUCCAGACCCUUUUUACCACUCGUGCCUCUUCACACUGCCUCUCCACACCAUUUAUUCUCCUGUCCACCCAAGGUCAGAGCGUGAUAACUCCUCAAACAUCUCUCCUGACUGGGAGAAGGGCUAAAGAAUGUCAGUAAAUAAAAGAGCUUUUGUCCAA